UGGCGGCGCGGCCAUGGGCGCCUCCAAGAAGCACCGGGAGCGCGGCGGCGCUGAGGGCACCGAGGAGGCCUCGGGAGCGGCCGGGACCGGCAGCGGCGGCAGCGCGGGGAGGAGCCGCGAGCACCGCAAACAUCGGCACCGCGGCGGGGAACGGCGCGGGAAGCGCAGCCGCUCCCGGGGAGAGCGCGGCGGCUCCGGCUCCUCGCGGCGCGGAGGCACCGAGGAGAGCGGGAGGAGCGGCCAUGGGCGGGCGGGAGCCGAGAGCGAGCGCAGAGCCAAGAGGGAGAGGAAGGAGGAGCGGGAGGAGCCCGCUCCUCCUAAAUCCGGAGCGGCCGAAUCCUCCCUCAGUGUGGAGGAAACCAACAAACUCCGGGCCAAGCUGGGGCUGAAGCCGCUGGAAACGACCCCGGCCAAGAAAGAGGCUGGCACCAAGGAGGACCCGGUGGCAGCCGAGGUGAUCAAUCCCCUGGCGCUGCGGCAGCGGGAGGAGAUCCGGGAGAAGCUGGCGGCAGCCAAGGAGAAACGGCUGCUGAACCAGAAACUGGGGAAGGUGAAGACCCUGGGGGAGGAGGAGCCCUGGCUGGACGACGCGGCCGCCUGGAUCGAGCGCAGCCGGGCGCUGCAGAGGGAGAAAGAGCUGGCAGAAAAAAGGGCCCAGCUGCUGGAGGAGAUGGAGCAGGAGUUCGGGGUCGGCUCCCUGGUGGAGGAGGAGUUCCAGCGGCGCCGCAGGGAGCGGUACAGCGCCCGCGACCUGCAGGGGCUGACGGUGGAGCACGACCCGGCCUCGAUCCCCGAGGGACAGACACUGGUGCUGACACUCAAGGACAGGGGGGUGCUGGACUCCGGCGAGGACGUUCUGGAGCAGGUGGCGCUGGCGGCGGCGGCCAAGGCGCGCGAGGAUCAGGAGCUGCGGCGGCGGCGCCCGGCCUACGAGCCCUACGGCCAGGAGGAGCCCGGCCCCGCCCCGCAGGCCCCGCAGGCGCCGUCGCUGCUGGCGCAGUACGACGACCCCGCCCCGCGCCCCUCGUUCCGCCUGGGCCCGGGGGGCACCCAGGACGCGGGGGGGGACCCCCGGCCCGGGCCCCUCCCCCCCCCCGGCCCCGCCCCCCAGAGCCUGGAGCUGCCCCUCCCCCGCCUGGCCCAGGAGUACCUGAGCCCCGAGGAGAUGGCCGUGACGUUCCGCCGGACGCGGCGCCGCGUGAGGAAACUGCGGAAAAAGGAGAAACCGCUGAGAGCCGACGACCUGCUGGCCCUGGCACCCGGGGACACCCAGGGGGACUUCGGCUCCAGGUCUCGGGGCCGGGGCCGGCGGGUGCAGGAGGAUGAGGAGGGGCCCGGGGGGGACCCCGAGAACGGCCCCAAAUCCCCCGGGGGGCCCCCCCAGGACCCCCUGCCCUCGGAUGACACCCGGACCGAGAACAUGGACAUCAGCAGCGACGACGAGGCAGCCCCCCCAGGGACCCCCCCAGCCCUGGAGGAAGAUGAGGCAGAGCAGGAGCUGCAGCAGCAGCUGGAGCGGGGGCGGCGCCUGCGGCAGCUGCGGGAGCUGCGCGAGGGAGGGGGGGAGAAGGUGCUGGAGCUGCUCCGGGGCGGCCCCGGGGGCGCCGCGGGGGGGGCGGAGCCUCGGCCGGGGGGCGGGGCCAGCAUCGUGUUCAACGCCACCUCCGAGUUCUGCCGGACCCUGGGGGAGAUCCCGACCUACGGCAUGGCGGGAAACCGGCCCGAGCAGGACGAGCUCAUGGCCCUGGAGCGCGCCGGCCGCCCCCCGUCCCCCCCGGAGCCCCCCGACUCGGAGGGGGAGGAGAACGUGGGGUGGAGCAGCGUCAACCUGGCUGAGGAACGGCAGCACCAGGACUUUUCAGCCUCGUCCACCACGAUCCUGGACGAGGAGCCCAUCGUGAACCGGGGGCUGGCGGCGGCGCUGCUGCUGUGCCAGAACAAAGCCCCCCCCGCGCCCCCCCCGCCCUGGCCCCCCCCGCCCCGGGGCCCCCCCGCGCCCCCCCCCCGCAUGCGCUGA